CUUUACUACAAUUCGCCGUGGCUAUUGUCGUUGCAUUACUCCCUCGACGACGGUGGUCGGUGGAGAGAGAAGCGAAUUUUGUAAAUCCCGGCUAUCAUACUUCAGCCUCUGCUCCUCACUCCCCUGUACUAUACUACUACCUUGUACGAAACAAUCUACCCAGAGAAAAACCUAAAUAGAGAGAUAGAGAGGCGAAGAAGAGAUAGAUAGAUGGAGGUGGAGUUAGAGCCGAGGGUGAAACCUCUGCCUUUCAAAGUGAAGGCCAUGUCUCGAGAAUCUCCGGCGCAGAAGGCUUCGCAUGUGCUCGACCCGGACCUCCGGAACCACUGGUCCACUGGCACCAACACCAAGGAGUGGAUCUUACUUGAGCUCGAUGAACCAUGUCUGCUUUCACAUAUAAGGAUAUAUAAUAAAUCUGUGCUGGAAUGGGAAAUUUCGGUUGGCUUGCGCUACAAGCCAGAGACUUUUGCAAAAGCUAGACCACGCUGUGAAGCACCUCGACGUGACAUGAUGUACCCUAUGAACUAUACUCCUUGUCGUUAUAUUCGGAUAUCUUGCUUGCGGGGUUCCCCUAUAGCAAUUUUCUUCAUUCAGUUGAUUGGCAUUUCAGUUACUGGGCUUGAACCAGAGUUUCAACCUGCUGUGGACUACUUGCUGCCACACAUAGUAUCACACAGACAAGAUACUUCUGAUUUGCAUCUUCAGUUGCUUCAAGACAUUACAACCCGGCUGGCCCCAUUCCUUCCCCAACUAGAGGCUGAUCUUAAUGGCUUUUCAGAAGCAGCAGAGCCUGGUAUUCGAUUUCUUGCUAUGCUUGUUGGUCAAUUUUAUCCGAUUCUUCACCUUGUAAAGGAAAGAGAAGCAACAAGGUUGGCAGGCAACACUUCAGAAUCUGAAACUUCUAGAAAUAAUCAGAUGCCCACAGCUUUGACUGUUUCAUCGAAUUUUGAGCCAAGAAGAUCACGGAAUGCUUCUUCAUUGAUCUUACCAACAUCUAGUUACUUAGUGUUCCGUCCAGAUGCAAUCUUCAUGUUGCUUAGAAAGGCACAUAAGGAUUAUAACCUGGGGAAUGUUUGCAGAGUGGCUUCUCAAAUUUUACUGAAGUUUAUGGAGCCUAGUAGCUUGAAAGACGCGUCCCAAUCUUUGGACAGCAGAUCUUCUCUGCCUGAUGAAGGCAAAAAGUUAGAUACUUUAUAUCCUGCUUCUUUCAUUGAUUACUCUGACAUAUUUGGGGAGGAAUUCCGGUCACCUGAGCAUCACUGGGACUCCAAGGUCAUUAAUGUCUUAGAUAUUGCACUGGUGGAAGAAGGGGUUUUGCAUGUUCUUUAUGCCUGUGCAUCCCAGCCCCUGCUUUGCAGCAAGUUUGCAGAUAACUCUUCAAACUUUUGGUCAGCAUUACCACUAGUGCAAGCAUUGCUUCCAGCAUUGCGUCCUAAUGUCAACAUCGCUGAUCAAAUUGACGACAGUUUCUCCCAGUGGAAACUGCCUUUUGUACAGCAAGCCCUAUCUCAGAUCGUUGGCACUUCUUCCUCUUCACUUUAUCGUCCUCUUCUUCAUGCAUGCGCGGGUUACUUGUCCUCAUUUUCACCAACACAUGCUAAGGCUUCAUGUGUCCUCAUUGAUAUGUGCUCAGGUGUGUUGGCACCCUGGAUGACUCAAGUGAUUGCAAAGAUGGACUUAACUGUGGAGCUUUUGGAGGACCUUUUAGCUGUAAUCCAGGGUGCUCGCCAUUCAUUUGCUCAAGCACGCGCCGCCCUCAAAUAUAUUGUGUUGGCAUUAUCUGGGCAUAUGGAUGAAGUUUUGUCAAAAUAUAAGGAUGCCAAGCACCGACUUCUGUUUUUGAUUGAGAUGCUUGAACCUUAUCUUGAUCCAGCGAUUACCCCGCUACAAAGUACAAUUUCCUUUGGAAACAUAUCUUCAGUUUUUCUUGAAAAGCAAGAGCACAACUGUGCUCUUGCACUAAAUGUGAUUCGUACAGCUGUAAGAAUGCCUGCUUUGCUUCCAUCUUUAGAAGCCGAGUGGAGACGGGGAUCAGUUUCUCCCAGUGUACUCCUCUCAGUUUUGGAGCCUCACAUUCAGUUACCUCCUGAUGUCAACCUUCGCCAGUUUUCUGUUUCUUGCCUGCCAGGGUCAGAAUCAUCUAUUUCACCUGAUUCUACUGCUAUUUGCAAUGGUGGUGUUGCUUCAACCCCUAUUGUCCAAGAUAGCACAGAUGGAAAGACUGAUGUUGACAUGUCUUCGAAGAUGGAUCUUCCUGAUGAAGUCAGCCUUCUAUUUGCUCCCCCUGAAAUUAAUAGAAUGUCACUCAUUACAGCUUCUGGCAGCCCCAAAAAAAUGUCCUUGGAUUCAAGUCGUAGUAGUGCCAAGACAAAAGCUAACCCCACUGAGAAAGAUCUUCUUAAUGCAGUACCUGGAGCCAGCAAGACUGUUGAGUGUCAUUAUUUGCAGGCUGAUUAUUUACAACUUGUGAAUCAUCAAGAGUGUCAGCUGAGAUCAUCUGAGUUUAGGCGGUUAGCUCUGGACUUGCAUUCUCAGAAUGAGGUAAACCCUGAGAGCCAUGAUGCUGCUAUAGAUGCCCUUCUUUUAGCUGCAGAAUGCUAUGUGAAUCCCUACUUCAUGAUGUCCUUCAAGGACACACCAAAGGUUACAAGCAAAAUGAAAAGUGGCAGGGCUAGCAGAAAUUGUGGAUUUGGUGAUCUUGAAAUAGGUUUUGAAGUGAAUGAAAAUGACUUGAAAACAUUAAUCUAUCUUGAAAGAAAAAGGGACAAAAUUGUUCUUGAAAUUAUGCUUCAAGCUGCUGAGUUAGACAGGGGGUAUCAGCAAAAUUGUGAUGGAGAACUUCCAAUUCCCAGUGCAGAAGAAAACGAAGUCAUAAAGUUGUCUGAGCAAGAUACUCAAACAGCAGAUGCUGUUACCUUACUUAGACAGAAUCAAGCACUUCUGUGUAAUUUUGUUAUUCAACGUUUGCAAAGGGAUAAUUACCUCCAGCAUGAGGUACUCCUGCAAACUCUUCUGUUUCUAUUGCACUCAGGAACUAAAUUAUUUUGUGCUCCCGCAGACAUUAUUGAGAUAAUAUUGAGGUCUGCUGAGCAUUUAAACAGGCAGCUGACAUCUUUUUAUUAUCAACUUAAAGAGGGGAGUUCACAGUUAGAAGAGUGGAAGCUACAACUAGUUCAACGUUUAUGGAUGCUUCUUCAAAGAUUAGUGGUUGCUUCUAGUGGCUCUGCUGAAGGAUUAGAGCUUUCAAUCAAUGUCAAGAGUCGUUUUCAGUUUGCAAAUCUAAUUCCUCCUUCAGCCUGGCUUGAGAAAAUACCCACUUUCUCAACUUCUGUUUCUCCUUUAGCCCGAUUUCUUGGUUGGAUGGCAAUCUCUCGUAAUGCUAUACAGUAUCAGAAGGAUAGGCUCUUUCUUGUUUCAGAUAUAGAGCAAUUAACAUAUUUGCUACAUGUUUUUUCUGAUGAACUUGCUGCAGUUGACAAUAUAUCUGAGUGUAAAGAUGAAGUCCAAAAAACUGAAGAAUCUGGCCUUAAGCAGGAUUUUGGUCCUAGUGGUACACAUCAUUCUUUUCACAUCAUGUACCCUGAUAUCAGUCAUUUCUUUCCAACUUUGAAAAAACAAUUUGAAACUCUUGGGGAAUCUAUACUGCAAGCUGUUGCUUUGCAAUUGAGAUCUCUUCCUGCAACAACUGUGCCUGAUUUGAUUUGUUGGUUCUCUGAGUUUUGUUCACAGCCUUUCAUUCAGAACCCAAAGGACCAACUUUCCAGUCAAAAUAAUAUAGAUUCUGUGAAAGGGUUUGUGGCAAAGAAUGCAAAAGCUAUUGUUCUCUAUGUGCUUGAAGCCAUUGUAACUGAGCAUAUGGAGGCAAUAGUACCGGAAGUACCAAGAGUAGUACAAGUCCUCGUAUCCUUGUGCAGGUCCUCAUAUUGUGAUGUGUCAUUUCUAAAUUCUGUGAUGCUUUUGCUCAAGCCAAUCAUCUCGUAUUCCUUGCAAAAGGCAUCUGCUGAGGAGAGAUUAGUGACCGACAGUAUGUGCCUUAGUUUUGAGUCCUUAUGCUUUGAUGAACUCUUUGGUAUCAUCAAAAGUGAGAAUGAAAGCAAUUCUAGUGUAAGAGGGCAUUGCAGGGCACUAAUGGUUUUUGUUUUGGCUUCAGUGUUUCCUGAUAUUUCUUCCCAUUGCAAGAUAGAACUAUUGAACUCUUCUAUCACAUCUGCAGAUUUUGCUUCUUUUGAGCAAACAACAUUUUUUCAUGAUUAUCUUUGUGCAUAUCAGGCUCUUAUGGAAAGUUGCAAGGUUUUGAUAGUUGACCUGUUAAGAUUUUGGGGUGUCAUUCCAUGUAAGAUCUCUCAGUUUUCUAACAUGGAUAUGGCUGCAACAAAUGGUGAUGGAUCUGAGUUCCCAUGUUUUCUUGAAGAUAUGUACCCCAAUUCAAUUGAACCGAAUGGAAGUUACAAAAAUGACAAUGACGUGAAUAAAAAAUGUCAGCUUAAGAUUAAGGAGAUCGAGAGCUUCUCCAAGAAUUUAGAUACCCUUGUUUCUAAGCUCAGUCAGAAUGUUGAGCAAUGUUACAGAAUUCAUCGUAAACUGGCCAAGAAUCUUACACAAGUCUGUGCAGAGUGUUUCCUGUAUUUAAGAUGCUUAUCUUCUAUUGUGGAAAAAGUUUCUGUUUCUGGAGUAACUGAUGAGCAAAGUCUGCCCAAGUCCAUCUCUCUUAAUGAAUACUCUGAUCACUGGAAAGUUGGUCUUGAAGGACUUGCUGAAAUGGUUAUAUUGCUUCAGGAACACCAUUGCUGGGAGGUUGCAUCAAUGAUGCUUGACUGUCUAUUUCAUGUGCCUCAAAUCUUUAAUUUGCAUGAUGUGAUUGAUAAAAUAUGCUCUGCAAUAAAAACAUUUUCACAUGGUGCACCAAUAAUUGCUUGGCGGCUACAAACAGAUAAGUGGAUGUCGUCACUUUUUGCGAGAGGCAUAAACUGCCUCCAAGAAAGUGAAGCUCUGAAUGAUCUGCUCCAUUCAAUGCUCUGCCAUCCAGAGCCAGAACAGCGCUUCAUUGCGCUUAAGCAAUUUGGUGAACUUGUGAGCCAAGAUGGAAGUGGUGGAUCUGUUGUCUUAUUACCAACUUUACUUGAUAAAGUAUCAUCAGAAAGGGCUUCUUCUGUAUCUGAGUCAGUAGUCCUUUCUGCUCUGGUGUCAAGCACCUGGGAUCAGGUGGCUUUGCUGGCCUCUUCUGACACAUCACUGCCCUUAAGAAUCAACGCUAUGGCACUCCUUGUGAACUAUGUGCCAUUAGUUGAAAGGCCUAAAUUGCAAUCGUUUCUUGCUGCAGCUGAUUGUGUUCUUUGGUGUUUGACAAAACUCUCCCAGUCGAUGUGUGAAGGCCCAUUAACACAGCUUUCUAUUGCACUUUUUGCCUGUAUUUGCCUAUACUCUCCAGCUGAAGAUAUUUCUUUGAUUCCUGAAAAUCUGUGGAGAAGUAUUGAAAGCUUUUCAGUUGCUGGAAAUGAAAAAAUCCCUAUGGGCCCUGAAAAAACGGUGUGCCAAGCUUUAUGUAGACUGAGAAAAGAAGGGGAUGAGGCCAAAAAGGUCUUGAAAGAAGCUAUCUCUUCAAGUUCUCCAAAACAAGUGGACCCGGGAUUUGCAAGUACACGUGAAACAAUUCUUGAGGUGAUUACCAAUCUAACCUCUGUCCAAUCAUAUUUAGAAUUUUUCUCUAAGGAAAGCGACCGCAAGGUUCUGGAAUUGGAGGAAGCUGAGAUUGAAAUGGAACUUCUUCAAAAAGAAAAAGCUCUGCAGGAGUUAUCCAAUGAUUUCAAAGAUCAGCAUCAACUUCCGUUAUUAUCUGGGUAUGCAAAGAAUGAUGACCGAUUGCAGCAAAUCAGAGAUGGAAUAAAAUCCAUGGAGAAGGCCCGACUCAGAGAACAGAUUGUGGCACGCAGGCAAAAGAAGCUACUCACUAGGCGUGCCCGCCAAACAUACUUGGAAGAGGCUGCUAUACGAGAAGCACAACUUCUACAAGAACUGGAUAGAGAGAGGACUGCUGAAGUAGAAAGAGAAAUCGAGAGACAGCGGUUGCUAGAACUUGAGCGUGCUAAAACCCGGGAGUUGAGGCACAACCUUGACUUGGAGAAAGAAAAGCAAACACAGAGAGAACUCCAGAGGGAACUCGAGCAAGUGGAAUCUGGACUGCGGCCAUCAAGACGAGAAUUUUCAUCCACUCAUACUAGUAGACCUCGGGAAAGAUACCGUGAAAGAGAAAAUGGCAGAGCAGUAAACGAAGGGACCUUGAAAGCGAGCACUGGCACUGGACAGCCAGAGACCGUCUCCACGAGUUCCUCCACAGCAGCCAUGCCAACAGUCAUGUUAUCUGGGGCGAGGCAAUUCUCAAGCCAGCUCCCAACUAUUCUCCAAUCCCGUGACAGAUCAGAUGAAGGUGGCAACAGCUAUGAUGACAACUUUGACGGAAGCAGGGAUUCGGGCGACACAGGAAGUAUUGGGGACGCAGACAUAGCAUCAGCACUUGACGGGGUGUCUAUGAAUUUCGGGCCUUCCCAAAAGCUUGGAUCAAGGGGCGGCGGCAAGUCCAGGCAGAUCAUGGAACGAAGAGAUCGCGAUGGCAGACGAGAAGGGAAAUGGGAAAGAAAACACUAGCAAAUCCAGAAUGAAAACCUUGAAUGUUGUAGAACCAUCAUCUCACCUGCUAACUUUAGUAUAGUCAUAUAUAUGUCAGAUGUAUUAUGGUCAUGUAAGCAAUAGACACUCAGGGAACAGCCAUUGACAGGCAACUGUGAUAUAUCCACAGAAAUGUGUUGAUGUCUUAUGACAAAAACCUUUGUGCCGUAAUCAAAUUGCAAUGUGAUUGGAGUUCAGAUUAUGAUCAUUGUUAAAAGCAUAAA